AUGAAGGCCGACAACCUGAAGCCCCUGUCUAAGGAGAUCCGCGACCGCUGCUUCAAGGAGAACAAGUCGAUCUUCAUUGAGGACGUGGACUGCGAUGAGGGCAUCCCCGACCUGUGCAACUGCGAGUUCUCGCUUGCUUACGGUGGUAUGAUUCUGCUGAACAACGCCCGCCUUCGCCUCAAGCGCGGCCACCGUUACGGUCUGUGCGGCCCCAACGGUUGUGGUAAGUCGACGCUCAUGCGCGCCAUUGCCAACGGCCAGCUCGAGGGCUUCCCCAGCAGGGACGAGCUCAAGACUGUGUUCGUCGAGCACAACCUGCAGGCUUCGGAGGCCGAGCUGUCCGUGGUCGACUUCAUCCUGAUCGAUGACGACCUGAAGAACACCCCCCGCAAGGAGGUUGAGGACGCUCUUGCCGAUGUCGGCUUUACCGCCGAGAUGCAGGCCCAGGCCGUCGGCUCCCUGUCCGGUGGUUGGAAGAUGAAACUCGAGCUGUCGCGUGCCAUGCUGCUGAAGGCCGACAUUCUGCUGCUUGAUGAGCCCACGAACCACUUGGAUGUCAAGAACGUCGCUUGGCUCGAGAACUACCUGACGAGCGUGCCCAACGUCACCUCCAUCAUGGUGUCCCACGACUCCGGCUUCCUCGACAACGUGUGUACUAACAUCAUCCACUACGAGACCCGUAAGCUGAAGAUCUACAAGGGCAACCUGUCCAAGUUCGUGGAGCAGAAGCCCGAGGCCAAGGCCUACUACGAGCUCGAGUCGGAGAACGUCAAGUUCAUCUUCCCGGAGCCUGGUUUCCUUGCCGACAUCAAGAACAAGGGUAAGCCCAUCAUUCGUCUGACCAACUGCUCGUACAAGUACCCUGGUGCCUCGAAGCCGUCGAUCAACAACAUCUCGGUGACGUGCGCUCUGUCGAGCCGUAUCGCCGUGCUGGGACCCAACGGUGCCGGUAAGUCGACGCUGAUCAAGAUGCUGACGGGUGAGGUGGAGCCGACCAGCGGCCAGGUGUGGAAGCACCCUGCCAUGCGUUUCGCCUACGUGGCCCAGCACGCAUUCCACCACAUUGAGUCGCACCUCGACGAGACGGCCAACCAGUACAUCCAGUGGCGUUUCCAGUCCGGUGAGGACAAGGAGCUUCUGGCCAAGGAGACCCGUAAGCUGACCCCGGAGGAGAAGCUGCACUACAAGAAGCCGGUGAACUGGGAGGGCGAGAAGCGCGUCCUGGAGGAGAUUGUCUCCCGCCGCAAAUUCAAGAAGAGCUUCGAGUACGAGCUUAAGUGGGAGAAGUGCCCCGUCGACGAGAACGCCUGGGUGCCGCGUGAGAAGUGUGAGAAGUGGGGCUGGGACAAGCUCCUCCAGAUCGCCGAUGACCGCGAAGCUGCCCGCGCCAACCUGCAGGCUCGCCCGCCUACGGCCAUUGCCGUGCAGAAGCACCUGGACAACUUCGGCCUGAACGCCGAGUUCGGUACCCACUCGCGCAUGCGUGGUCUGUCCGGCGGUCAGAAGGUGAAGGUCGUGCUGGCUGCUGCUAUGUGGCUGAACCCGCACAUCCUGGUGCUUGACGAGCCGACGAACUACCUUGAUCGCGACUCGCUUGGCGCCCUUGCUUCGGCCAUCAAGGAGUUCAACGGUGGUGUGCUCAUGAUUACCCACCACCACGAGUUCUCGUCGGCCCUGACCCAGGAGACGUGGAACGUUGAGGCCGGUUUCCUCUCGAUUGAGGGCCAGCAGGCGGAGGACAAGACCAAGAUCGAGCAGAAGGACGAGGAGGAGACCGUCGACGCCUUCGGCAACGUCACCAAGACCAAGAUCAAGCGCAAGCUCACCCGCAAGGAGAAGAAGGCCAAGGAAAAAGCCCGCAAGGAGGCCGAGGCCCGCGGUGAGUACUACAGCGACUCCGACGAGGAAUAAGUGGCUUCGACUUCGCGCCCACGAUCCAUCUCUUUCGAUUGAUACCUUAAUUUGCAACAUUAGAUAGAUGUGGUAUGUAGAGUGACUUGGGAGGCGAGUAGACCGCGGAUUCCAAACUGCAUAGAAAGAAGCCAUUUUGCAGACC